AACCAAGAUGCUUUUCUACUCGUUCUUUAAGUCGUUGGUCGGAAAAGACGUAGUUGUUGAACUGAAAAAUGAUCUCAGUAUAUGUGGCACACUGCACUCGGUAGAUCAGUUUCUCAAUAUUAAAUUAACAGACAUCAGCGUGACAGACCCUGAAAAAUAUCCACACAUGCUCUCAGUGAAAAAUUGUUUUAUACGUGGUUCUGUGGUACGGUAUGUGCAGCUACCAGCAGAUGAGGUUGACACACAGCUACUACAAGACGCUGCCAGGAAAGAAGCUGCCCAGAGCAAAGGGCAAUAACAGAUAGUUUUUUGUAAAAGGGAUUUUUUUUAUACUUAUGUACUUGAAACACCUCUCUUCCAUGUGGAUUGUGAGAAUGCAUUAUUUGUAUAUUCGGGGAAGGGGGUGCUGGUGAACAUAUUAUAACAGUGGUUAUGAUAAUAAGACAUGGGCCCAAUGCAUUAUUUUAUUGAAAUGUUAAAGAAAAAAGUUAUGUUGCAUCCCAACAAUAAGGACUAAUACAGAUUUUUGUUUCAUUUUUCAACAGAAUUAUUUAAACACAGGUCCACUUUACAUGACAUGAAGGCCAUUGUUCAUGGUCUCCUGCAAAAGUCAGUUAUUUUAUUUAGUCCAAGGCUGGCUUAGCCUGCAAAUUAAGUGCUCUAUUUAUAUAAACUUGACUAAUGCAUAACACCACUUUAUUUUCACUGCAAUUUCUCACAUUACCCAGGACAUAGUUUGAGAUAGUUGGCAUACACCCUUUGCAGAUUUGUGAGGUACCAUUCACUGACUAAUAUAUACAUCAUGGCUGCUCACAAUGAAGCAUUUUUUUAUGUGAAGAAUACACAUAAAAUUAUCGAGAAAUAUCCUUUAUUGUGUUUGUAUAUUUUCUGUUCAUUUUCUGUUCUCAUUGUGUAGGUCUAUUUUGUUGACACUUAGAUUGUCCAAGGUAAAAAGAUAAAACAUCCCUUGAAACAUAUUUCUGAAGUCAAAAGUUGCUGAAAAAUUAACACUGCAAGAGAACCCAGUUUUUACAAGUCUGUGAUUGUGAACUACAUUCACAACAUUAUAACUUCUUCAAUUAUAUUACUAUACUCAGUCUAUAACUAAUUCAUAUGAUUGAGACCUGAGACGAUACUUUUUGGUUUAUUGGCAUUUGUAUGCAUCUGUAUUACUGUAAGUUACAGCAUUCCAUAAUUUUGCAGUAUUGACAGGGAAUCUACAUCUAACCAUAUUAGAAAAUCCAAAUUCCAAAUAUGGAAUUCUGAUGUGGAGUUUCCAAUAUAUCUUACAUCAAAUAGUCGGGGGUUAGGAAAAUGUACAACAAUGUUAAGUUACUUUGAAGUAUGCACUGAGACGGUACAGUCUCAUGACCUCUGCUACACAUCGGUUGAUACUGCCAUUGUGACAUAGCUAAUAUGAACACCAUUAGUAAUGCAAUCUCUUACUGGAAAGCCUCUACAGAUAGCCAUAAUGAAUGAGGUGGAGUUUGUGUUAAUUGAUUUUCUCCUGGAUAAAUAACCAACUCAACUUACUCAAGUAGUAGUUUAGCUUCCAUAGAUAAAUGUGUAUCAUUUUUACUAUGAAGAUUUUGUAAUAAAACAUCAAACAAAGUU